AUGUCAGCCUCCGCCCAAGCUGCCCUUCGCCUGCGGCGGCUGCUUGCGAAGCAGACGCAGGAUGUCAAGGAAAUGGAGGUGGAGUUGCAGGAGCGCGAGACUGAGCGCGAACACCUGCUGCAGCUCUUGAGAUACAAGGAACAAAUUCUGCAGCAAGAGUCUUUUGCUGCAGAACGCCUGAGAGCAGCGCUUUGCUCUGCGAAGGGGUGCAAGCAGUACUACAUCUUGCUCUGUGUGCUCCGCUCUUGGCGAGAUGCUGCUCUGCGGAGCAGCAGUCGCCGGGGUUUGACACAAGCCAAGGAGCAAAGCAUCGAGGUGGUCCUGCGCCACGCGUGUGGUGCCUUGGCCAUGGGCCUGAGGCAGGUGACAAACCGACGAAUGGCGAACGCCAUGUACGAGCUCUGGUUGCAUGCUGAAGGUCAGCGGCUGGCAGUGGCUGCUGAGGAGGCAGACGCACGUCUUCCCCCGACCUGGGAGCCAGACAUCGCCAACUUGAAUGCAGACGAGGUAUCUGCUUCUCGCGAGGGAGAGGCCGAAGAGCUCUCCGAGCUGGGCGAG